GUGCCAUAUAUAUAUGUUGUAUGCUUUGUGCGCAUAAGUUAUGAAUAAACAUAAAUUAUUUCAUUUAUCUAAUACGUUUUUUUUCUAAUUUUCUAAACAUUUUAUUUACAUAUAAGUGGUUAAUAUGGUGUCUGAUGAAUCAUCUAUUCAUAAAAAGUCAGAUAAAAGUUUAGAAAAUAAAAAAAGAAAACAUAGCAAGAAAGAGAAAAAAAAGAGCAAGAAAAAAAAGAAGAAGAAACGUAGUACUUCAAGUUCAAGUGAUAGUAGUACUGGCAGUGAUAAUGAAGUUUGGGUUGAAAAAACUAUUGAAACAAUACAAUCUGUACAAAAUACUGUUACUGAUAAUAUUGAAAAAGAACUUGUUAAAAGAGAGGAAUGGAUGACACUUGGCAAUUUAUUUCCAUGUAUAUCUAAAUCUGAUAUACAAUGUAAUAAGCAUGAAUUACAGAAAAAAGAUAAUAAUAUUUCGUCGAUUCUUGAUAAGCCAGGACAAAGUAGUAAAGAAUUAAAUCCAUAUUGGAAAGAUGGUGGUACUGGUUUACCUCAAAAUGAACCUGAAAAAUCAUUCAAUAAGAAAGUAAUGGAUCCUGUUUGGUUAAAAAGAUCAUUGCAACGUGCACGAGAACAAGCUUUAGAAGAAGGAAAAUCUUUAGAAGAAAUAGCUGCUGAAAGAUGGGGUUCUUUAGAAACUAUAAAUGCAAUGAUAGCAGAAGCUGAUCAAUCAUGUUCUAAAUAUAAUCAAAAGAAUUCUCAACGAAAUCGUGUCCCUUAUGAAAGACGUUAUUAUGAUAAAUACUCUAAUAGGCACAGAGAAUCAGAACAAGAUCAUUCAUCUUAUAGAUCAAGAAAUUUGGAUCGUGAACAAAAGUAUGAAUCUUAUAGAUCUGACAGAUCAUCACGUAAACCAAAUUAUCAAAAGCCUACAGAUGAUGGUGAUCGUCAUUACACAUCAGCUUUGAGUAAAUCAAAUUCGCAUAGUCAAAGAAAUUGGCAAAAAGAUAAUGGUAAAAGUAAUAAACAAUUAGAAUCAAAUGUAGAAAUAAUUAAUGAAGAAAUUUCGAAAAAGGACAACAAUGUUUUUGACAUUAACACACAAUCAAAUGAUAUUUUAACCAAAGAAGAAAUGAAUAAAUUGGGAGCAAAAAUUAUAAAAGCUGAAUUAAUGGGUGAUAACGAAUUAGCAAAUCAUUUAAAGGAACAAUUAGAAAAAGCAAGAGAACAUUCUAAGCAAGCAAAUAAAUCUGAAACAGAAAACGUCAUUCUUUCAAGAACUGAUUCAAAAGGUGUUACAAGACCAAUACAACCAAGAUGUCAACCUAAAGAAUCUUCAACAAAAUCUAAAAAGAAUAAAAAUCUAGAGACGCAUGUUUCUGGUGAACGGAUUCGUUACUACGGUGACGAUGAUAAAUAUUCUUUGCAGCAACUCUUCCAGCGUGAAAAAGGACGAUCCGUGGAUGACGAUAAUGCCGCAUUUGUUAAAAUUGCAUCGAAGAACAUGGAUAUGAAUGAUAUAUUUGAAGAACAAAUUGCACGAGUGGAUACAGACAGUAGGCAAGAUGAUAGAGAUAAAGCAAAGGCGAUUAAAGAACAUAAAAGAAUAUCAAAAAGUUUAGAAGGAUGUUCAUGGUGUAUAGAAUCCAAAAAUAUGAUCAAGCAUAUGAUUAUUACAAUGGAUUCACACAUUUGUCUUAGUCUUCCAACCAGAGUAUCAUUAGUAAUUGGACAUUGUGUAUUAACACCUUUACAACAUAUAUCAUGCCAAUUACAAUUAGAUGAAGACAUUUGGGAAAAAAUGAAGAUUUUCAAGGAAACUUUAAUUAAGAUGUUUAUGGAUUCUAAACAAACUCCAAUAUUUUUUGAAGUAUAUAAAAAUCGUCAUAAAUUCCCACACAUGCAAUUGGAAUGUGUUCCAUUAUCUGAUGAAAGUGCCGAUUUAGCACCUAUGUACUUCAAAAAAGCUCUAUUAGAAUGCGAAACCGAAUGGGCUAUCAACAAAAAAAUUGUUGAUUUAAAAAACAAAGAUUUACGUAGAGCGAUACCAAAUGGAUUACCAUAUUUUAUGGUACAAUUUGGAAAUAAUGGUGGAUAUGCGCAUGUAAUUGAAGAUGAACGUAUGUUCCCGAUCAAUUUUGCAGAGGAAAUAAUUGGUGGAAUAUUAGAUUUAGAUCAUAAUUUAUGGAGGAAACCAAAAAGGGAGACCUUUGAACAACAAAGAGAGAAAGUUUUAAAUUUUAAGAAAAUAUGGGAUAAAUAUAAACAUUAAUAAAUUGUAAAUAAAUUUUAUAAGAAUUUAAUUAUGCUAAGGAGUAAGUGAAAGGUAUUUUUUGUUAAUGCUGAUCAUUAUUUUCUUGUUUAAAUCCAGUGACAAACCAUGUGUCCAUGUAUUUACUUAAGACAUGUGGAAACAUUGCUAAUACUUUAAAACGUUCUCCCAUUUUAUCAGUAUCCAUUAUCAUAUGAUACCCUGACAGAAUAUUUUCCUUUUCAACAUCAGUUGAAUUCUUUAAAAGUAUUUCUAAUCUCACAUCAAUACCAAGAUUUUUCAAAAAUAUUCUUUGACUUAUUGGACCAAAAGAUAUUACUCUGUUAUCUUUUUGCGCUGUCUUUUGUAUUAAUGAAAAAUCAACAUCCGCAGUUAAAUCAGCUGUACCUGGAUUUAAUAAGGGAUCAUGCAAUUGGUGCUUUCGAAAAGCACGGAAAGUGUCUGUUUUAUCACCAAUAUGACCAUAAUCAAUGAUUAAGGCAAAACCUCCACAUUCCAUUAAAAAUGAUGAUAUAUAAUCUAUUACAACUAUACUUUGUGGGCUUAUUUCAACAUGAUCUCUCGAUUCAUCUUUCUGAAAAAUAAUCAGUUUUAUAUAAUAUGUUCAAUUAAAUAAAUAGUUAAAAGUAAUAAAUUAAUAUGUA